AUGGGUUUAAACAUGUCUAAAUUGCUACCCGCCUCAAUCGGAUAUGUGCCGAUUUAUAUUAUGGUUUUUGGCUUGGAAGGAGCAGGAAAAAGAACUCUCGCCUCAAAGCUUCAGCUCAGCUCAUCUACCGCAUAUACUACAGAAGGUGUUCUAGUAAUGUCGAUGGGUUAUAAUAACGUUCGUUUCGAGGUAUUUGAUGUUGUCGCUGGAAAGAAUGUCAAUCCGCCUCUACCAGCUCAUUUCAAAGGUCCACUAGCGCUCGUCUUUGUAGUUGACGCUCACAACCGGGAGAAAAUUAGUGAGGCUGCCGAGGAAUUGCAUCGAGUUCUCAUAAAACCUGAGUUCCACAACGUGCCUUUGUUGGUGUUUUGCAAUAAGCUAGAUGUCUCUCAAGCUAUGACGAAGGCUGAAAUAGAGACUAAAUUGGGGUUACAUGCCCUGAUAUCAGGAACAUGGUAUACUCAAGGAAGCAGCGGAUCAAAGGGAGAGGGUAUAUAUGAUGGAUUUCAAUGGCUGUCUAACAACAUAAAGUGA